ACCUGUCAGCUCUCCGGGAUUGUCUUUGUUGUCCAGAGCUGCACACCUGACAGAAGCUUCCUUUCCAGGACGACGUUCCACGUUUUAGAUUCAGAAAACUUUUUUGUGAAAGGAGAAAAAAAAAUGAACAACUGCUGGAGAUCUCUCAUUUUGCUGGUUGUGGUCAUUGCAGCAGCAAGCUCUCUGACCUGUCGUCAGUGCAGCAUUGACAUAUUUGGCUCCUGCUUUAGCCAAAAAAAUGUCGACUGCAAUUCUACAACUGAUCAGUGCUACUUUGGGAAAACUAAGUUUGAUUCUACAGACAAGGUGGCACUUUACACUCGUGGAUGUGUGGGCUCUAGCCUGUGCAACAUAAGCUUACCCGGCACGCUCCUCGGUGCUGGUUACACCGGCGUCUACUCCUGCUGCACCGCAGACCUUUGCAACGGAGCCACAUCCGUGCAGCUGCCUCUGAUGGCGGCGCUCCUCAGCGGCCUCCUGUCCUCUCUGUGGGGCUUCUGGCAGCUGUAAAUAUGAAAAUAAUAGGAGGAUUUUAACCCAACAAGCAUGCAUGACUGCUUGAUCUGAGUGUCUAUCAAAGAAAUCUGCAUAAAUGAAAUAAAAUUUACAUAUUUAACACACAGAUAAAUGAUAAAGAAUGACGUGUGUGGGGAAUGAAAACUUGCUUUAACUGUCACGGGUACUCUUAUACUCAACUGUAUCUGAAUCUAAUAAACAUAAAGGUCUCAACUUGAUUGAAUAAUUGUUCUCUAAGUUGUAUUCAUAAAGCAAAUGUUGUAAUUAGAACAGAGAACAUGUUUUAAGUGACUCCAGCCGUUUCUAUGUUAAUCAUAUACAGCUUUAUGUGUCUUUUAAACCCCAGGAUGUUUUUAGAAUAAAGAUUUUAUGCAGGU